GAGAGAGGUAGAGACUAGAGAGAGUGGUGUUUGUGGUUCGGUCGUGGAGGAGUAAGGACACGGCAUCUAUAUCUAGAGAGAGUGCGCAAUAUGGGGCAGAAGAAGAAGAGGACGUCGUCGUUGCUAUGUGGAAGAGUCAGUGACGGUGGUGGAGCAGGAUGUGGCGGUGCGGUUGAUAUAGAAGAUAUAUCUAGGGACGACGGCAGCCAGUACAGCCUCACCGCCGGGAUUUUACCCUCGCUUGGCGCCGCCGGUCGUAGCAAUCGUACAGUCCUUUCUUGCCGUUACAUUGUCUCCCCCUUCGAUCCCCGUUACAGAAUUUGGGAUACAUUUUUGGUCUUUUUAGUUUUCUACACAGCAUGGGUGUCUCCAUUUGAAUUUGGAUUCCUCAAAGCACCAAAGGGACCUCUGCCCAUAACUGAUAAUGUGGUCAAUGGAUUUUUUGCCAUUGACAUUGUUUUGACCUUCUUUGUUGCUUACCUCGAUAAAACUACUUAUCUAUUGGUUGAAGAUCAUAAAGAAAUUGCUUUGAGGUAUGCCAGAACCUGGUUGGCUUUUGAUGUUAUCUCCACUAUCCCCUCUGAACUUGCUCGAAGAAUACUACCCCAUUUUCUUCAGGCAUAUGGAUAUUUCAGUAUGCUUCGUCUUUGGCGUCUACGGCGAGUUAGCAAAUUUUUCGCCAGAUUGGAAAAGGAUAGGAACUACAGCUACUUUUGGGUUCGAUGUGCAAAGCUUAUUUGUGUUACUCUUUUUACUGUUCAUUUUGCUGCCUGCUUUUGCUACUUUCUUGCCGAUAAUUAUCACGACCCAAAAAGCACAUUUAUGGCGCUUUCCAUGGAAGACUUUCAAAAUCGGAGCUUGUGGGCCCGUUAUGUGACAUCUAUGUACUGGUCCAUAACCACGCUCACUACAACCGGAUAUGGUGAUCUUCAUCCUGUGAAUACAUGGGAAAUGGCAUUUGACAUUGUCUAUAUGUUGUUCAAUCUUGGACUGACAGCAUAUUUGAUUGGAAACAUGACCAACCUGGUGGUUCAUGCAACUAGUCGAACAAGGCAAUUUAGAGACACUAUCCAAGGUGCCUCAAGUUUCGCACAAAGGAACCAACUACCUAUGCGUCUGCAAGAUCAAAUGAUUGCUCAUUUGUGUUUAAAGUACAGAACUGACUCAGAGGGUCUACAGCAGCAAGAGACUGUUGAUACCCUUCCUAAAGCCAUCCGCUCAAGCAUUUCACAUUAUCUCUUCUAUUCCCUUGUUGAUAAGGUGUACUUGUUUCGUGGAGUGUCAAAUGACUUGCUGUUCCAAUUGGUCUCAGAGAUGAAGGCUGAAUAUUUUCCUCCGAAAGAAGAUGUGAUUUUGCAGAAUGAAACACCCUCGGACUUGUACAUAUUGGUUACUGGUGCUGUGGAACUUAUUGUGCAAAAGAAUGGCAUAGAAGAAGUUGUUUAUGAGGCAAAGACUGGAGAUGUUGUGGGUGAGGUAGGAGUUCUGUGUUACAGGCCACAGCUGUUCACGGUUCGGACCAAAAGAUUAAGUCAGCUGCUGCGUCUGAGCCGUACUGCUUUUCUCAACAUUGUUCAGUCCAAUGUCGGAGAUGGGACAAUAGUCAUGAACAAUCUACUUCAGCAUCUGAAAGAAUCAAAUGAUCCAGUGAUGGAAGGAAUUUUGGAGCACACAGAGCACAUGCUGGCUCAUGGAAGAAUGGACGUGCCUCUCAGUUUGUGCUUUGCAGCUACGAGAGGCGACGAUUUGUUGUUGCAUCAGUUGCUUAGACGGGGUUCAGAUCCAAAUGAAUUGGAUAAAAACGGGAGAACAGCACUGCAUAUUGCAGCCUCCACAGGAAGCGAACAUUGUGUGGUUCUACUUCUGGAAUAUGGAGCAGAUCCAAACAGCAGAGAUUCAGAAGGUAAUGUUCCUCUAUGGGAGGCAAUAAUGGGGAGGCACGGUUCUGUCAUUAAACUUCUUCUAGACAAUGGUGCAACAAUUACUUCAGGCGAUGUGGGUCACUUUGCGACAGCUGCUGCUGAGCAAAACAACUUAGAUUUGCUCAAGGACAUUGUCAAUUAUGGAGGGGAUGUAACACUGCCUACGACAAGUGGAACUACUGCACUUCACACGGCAAUUAGCGAGGGGAACCCUGAAACAGUUAAGUUCCUUUUAGACCAAGGCGCUGACAUUGAUAAACCAGACGUCCAUGGAUGGACACCAAUGGCGUUGGCAGAUCAUCAGGGCCAUGAAGACAUUCAAAAAAUGUUCCGAACCGGACAAGAGAGAAAAAAACCUCCAGUUGUCACAAUCCCCAAGCAGCAUGGAGUGCCUUAUCUUGGAAAGCGCCUUUCUAAGUACAGUAGCGAGCCCACGAUUCCUCCAUAUUCCCAUGACUGCAUGCCAGUUGUUCCUGAAGCGACUUGGUCUGAUGCUCAUCCGAGACGACCAGCUAAUAAUUUCAGCAAUUCUCUCUUUGGGAUCAUGUCAGCUGCCACUGCUGGUGAGCAUGCUUCUGAGACAAUCAUUUUUUCCUUAUAUGAUGGAAAGGAAUCUGCUGCAUCUGCUGCAUCUGCGGGUGGCUUUGCUGGUUUCCCGAGUUUGAGUGGCUAUUCAGCUAGAGUGAUCCUUACUUGCCCUGAAAAAGGUGAAGUUGCAGGAAAGCUUGUUCCAUUACCCAAGUCAAUUCACGAAUUACUCGACAUCGGUUCCAAAAAUUUUGGAGUAACUCCCACCAAAAUAUUAAGCAAGGAAGGAGCUGAAAUUGAUGAUAUAGAGGUCAUCAGGGAUGGUGAUCAACUUGUUCUACUUGGUGAUCAUGGAAAAUAAAAGUAACUAGUUGGGAAA